CCUCGGGAGAGCAGUGCUGCUCACUUAACUUCCUCUACAUCUUGCUUCUGCUGUAUCCUUUGCUCACCACAUCCCAACGCAUCUUCGCUCCAUCCUUACGCGUCGUCGCCACCGUCGACCUCGCCCCCAAACUUCUCCCUUUCCUCUAGAUACCCCACACACUCGCCGCAUGGCUCUCUAAACCAUGCCCAUGAUCCAAGGAGACUCCACUGCCCAGUGGGCCGCGGCGGGCGCGUACACGCCCCCGUUCAAGUUCGGUGCUGCCCCAACACAGCGCCCCAUGGUCACGGGGACGGGCGUAUCCACUGGUGCAGUUCCAACGGCGACAGGUGACCCCAACCCUAUCAUCCCAGUCAACGUUCCAACGCAGCAGUAUGCACUGUAUUACCUCAUGACACACAUGACGAGUUGGCCCUCAUACAGGUACCAGUACCUGUUUUGGUUUGCGAUCGCCGCCAUGGCGAUCGUGUACGCGGUCGCACAUCACCUCAGGUUGUCUGGCGGAUCACUAGGAGCCGCCUACAGCAAGUGGGGCAUGCGCCGUAUCUCCAUCGGCCGCUCGUACGCGCUGCCCAGCACGAGCACGUUGCUCGUGGGUGCGAUUGUUGUCGCCAUCUCCCUCGUCCUCUCGAUUGUCGGAAACGACUACAUUGCCCCAGCGGCCGGCACGUUCCAGUUCGCCAAACGCGCAUACGGUGCCACCCACACGCUCUCGAAGCGUGUCUGGGUCGGCGGUCCUAUGGACAGCACCCUUCUGGUUCAGUACAACAUCUCCAAGUCGGGCUGGACGCUCGGCAACCGCUUCGGCUUCAUGGCCUUUGCCAUCCUGCCCCUCGUCGUCCUGCUCGCCGCCAAGGCACCACCAGUCGCCAUCUUCUCCUGGAAGUGGUUCACUCACCUUUACUCGGACAAGCUCAUUAGCUUCCACCGCGCCGCCGGCUGGCUGGUUUGGGGCCUGACCACCGCGCACGUCGUGUUCUGGACCAUCCAGUUGUUCAAGGACAAGGACACGCACACCCAACGCGCGAUGUGGUUCACCGCCUUCCAGAUCUACCGUUUCACUGCUGGCUGCGUGGCGUACGGCCUCAUGACCCUCAUGGUGGUGCUCAGCCAGCGCCCCAUCCGCAAGGCAGGCUACGAGUUCUUCUACCAUGCCCAUGUGACGCUCACCGUCCUGACGCUCGUCAUGUGCUGCGUCCACCACCCGGCCAUCUGGUGGUGGAUCGCAAUUGCGCUGCUCAUCUUCAUCGCCGACCGCACUUUCCGUGCGAUCCGCUACGCCCGUAUCAACCGUGGCGCCGUCAAGGCUGACGCCGUGGGGAGUGGCAUGUACUCCGGCCUCGAUCAGCAUGACGUGGUUCUCGAGAAUGUCCACGACAAGAUGCUGCCGCCCACGCCUCGGAGGUACGACUCUCCUACUGGCUACAGCACUCCGCACCCCGACGAGCAGCCGUACGGCGUCGUCGAGGGAUAUGGUGGGACGCCUGAGAUCCUGCCCACGGGCACAUUCGAAAGCCAGAGCUACGACCAGCCAGUCGCCCGGCCUCCUCAGCGGAGUGCGUCUCUCCAACCACCAGGUCUCGGCUCUCGCUCGACGUCGGCGCAGUCCGUCACUACCACCCGCACUACUCGCAGCCUCCCUCCAGUCAUCCCUCCAGGCUACGCGCAGGCACAGCUCCUCCCCUCGCGUACUGUUCGUCUGACCAUCCGCACUCCCCACCCCCUCAAGUGGGCCCCCGGCCAGAGCCUCCUCCUCACUCUUCCCGAGCUGUCCAAGCUCCAGGCCCACCCCUUCACCAUCAGCAACAACAACCCCAGCGAGAUCGUCGUCCUUGUCAAGGCCCGCAAGGGCCUCACGCGCAAACUGUACAACCUGGUCCGCGAGCGCUCGGAAGCGAGUAUGCGUGCCUCCGACAAGCAGGUUGGCAACCGGGUCGCUCCCAUCUAUCUGCGCGCGCUCGUCGACGGGCCCAUGGGCUCUGCCGGCCGUGUGCGCUGGGGCGACUUCGCGACCGUUCUCCUCGUGUGUGGCGGUACUGGUGUGACCUUUGGCCUGGCCAUCUUGGAGCAUGUUUGCAAGAUGGUUCAGCGCGGCGACUUCAAGUCCAAAAUCCGCCGUGUUCGCUUCCUCUGGGUUGCGCGCGAGUACGCUGAGAUUGCGUGGGCGGCGUCGGCGCUCUGCCGCGCUCGCCAGAUGGUCCCGUCCUCCGCACAGCUCCAGAUCGACAUCUACGUCACCAACGCCACGCCGCAAGGAUACUCGAGCACCACGUACCAUGCGGGCGCAUAUGGCGACUCGGAGUUCGUGCCUCCUCGCCCGAGCUACGCGCAGGGAGACGUGAAGCGAACCGACUCGGUGGACAGCAUGGGCAGCAUGAUGAGCGGCGACCCGCGCGAGAGCAUGUCGACCAACCGCGGCAACUUCGACUACACCGACGAGGAGAUGGCCUAUGCUGGAGGCAACAUCAUGGACUACACCAACUAUGAGGACGAGGACGACGUAAACGACCCGGCGGAGAGCGAGCUCUCGCGCCAGAUCCAGAAGCAGGGCCAGCUGCGGCGCGCCAAGACGCGCAAGGCCGAGGCGCGCCACCAGCCCUCAAACAGCGGGCACUUUGCCGGCUCGUCCGUGUACCCGCCAUCGCCGGGCCAGCGGCACUCGCGGCACAACUCGAGCUCGUCGUCAGCCGGCCUCCCGCCCGGCGCCGCGUCGUACGGCGACCUGGGCGAGCGGGGCGGCCUGCUCGCCGAGCCUGUCGUCGACCCCAAGCGCCGCUCCUUCUCCGCCGGCGCAUACGAGCACCGCAGCGACAACCUGCUGUAUCCCGAUCCCAACGCCAACCCGAAGCGCGUCUCGGGCCGCUCCGUCUCCUCGAGCCUGUACGAGACGCACCAGGGCCUCCUGACCGCCGAGGCGCGCGACCCGCGUCGGCACUCGUACCGCUCUGUCUCGUCGUCCAUGUACGACCGGUACGACCCGUACAACUCUGACCGGAUCAGUCCGUCGCCGUCGGGGCUGUUCGACCGCGACGAGGUGUCGGUGCUCUCGCGCACGCAGAGCAUGGUGUUCCUCGAGGAGGCGGCGGAUGAGCCGCUCAUGGGCGGCGACGGGCUGCGCGGCUCGGUCGGCCUGUGGAUCGACGAGGCCGACUACGCCGCCACGAGCAUUCUGAGCGAGAGCGCGCGGGCCGGCCGCCCCAAGCUCAGCCAGAUGAUCGACGACGAGUUGGGCCUCGCCGAGGGCUCCAUCAUCGUCGGCACGUGUGGGCCCGUCAAGCUCAACGUCGUCGUGCGCAACCUCGUCUCGCGCAACAUUAGGCCUGGCCGCAUUCUCAAGGGCGAUAAGAGCGGGCACGUCGCCGUGUUCUCAGAGGACUUUGAGAUGUAACUCGUUAUUGUAGGAGAAUCAAAAGCUAGCGGUGUACAUGUAGAGGGUAGAAUCACGCAUGGAUAUUAUGAUCUGCGUUGGGUGC